UACAGCUGUACCAUUGCGCACAGUCGCGCGAUAUAUCUUUUGGACAACUCAAAUCAAGCUUCUGCGUCACUCAAAGAUCUUUUAUUAAACAGCUCAACGGAAGCCCAUGCAUCCAAGCAUCCAAGCAAAUGCCAAGAUUGCUUGACCACAGUUUGGCAUUUGGCAUCAUCACAACAGCACAACAGCCUUCCCCACUCCCACUCUUGGUGGUUCACCUGACCUGACCAUUGACGAAGCAGACUUCCACCUGUCAUAGCACAUUGGCGCCGAUAUCCCGUCUCAUUAUCCAAAAGGCUGUUAGGCAAAAGGCAAAGCGAAGCCAUCUUUUGCUAGCUACGGGUAGCUUCCGGAUACCCCACAAAAAACACAACCACUGGGGCCCAACAGUACAGUAUAGCUUUCAAGGAAGGAAGAGUAUUAUCAGCAUCUAUCUGUAAACCUAUCCAUUAUCUAUCUUUCCUUAUCCAUCCAACUAAUAAGGACAACCAGAACCAAAUACAUCUAGUCGCAAACAAUUUAUUUGAUAUCAAAAUCGAUUCAAGCCAUGCCAGGUCCAGGAGAACACCGAGGCAGCCAGUUGGAACUGGAAAUGGUCCAUGCCGCGGGACGCCCAGGUUCGGACGAAGAAGACCACGCAGAUGCCCCCCUCUCCAAAAAGGCAAGGGGCAACACUCCCAACAACAAGAAAAAGCCUCGGACGUAUAUUUCCCGUCUCGUCGUGACCUUCCAGGAGUGUCUCAAUCAGUUGGGUGCCAAGGAUGUCACCGACGCCAAACUAGAAUCCAUGUCGGUCAUCAUUCAUGAAUGCAUGUCCAGUGGAAGUCGCAACUAUCACUCCGUCCAACACGUAUUCGAUAUCUCCAAGAAUAUCACGGAUCCCAUUGGCAUCAUUGCCGCUCUGUUUCAUGAUUGUAUCUACUACAAUGUCGAUGGGGGACUCUCGCCACUUCAAAUGGAAAUGCUAGAGGGGGUCUUUAACGAAGAAGGCGAUGAUGAUGACAACGACAACAACAACAAGUUAUCCCGGGAUUCAGUCACAUCGGUCGGGUCUGUCACGGUCACAAACCCCUAUCGACGCAAAAAUCAGGAAAAAAAGAAAAAACACGAUCAGUGGUGCAUUGCCCACAGAGAUGACGAAGAUCCACUCUUAUCCAUGGUGGAAGCCAUCUUUGGAUACCCAAAAGGAUCCGAAAUCACCACGAAGAAUGGAAUCAACGAAUUCCUAUCGGCCGUUGUGGCCGUCCGACAGCUAGAGCAUCAUCUCAACUCCGAACAGCUCUCCCAAAUUGUCUGUUGCAUUGAAGCUACCAUUCCAUUUAACAACUCCGACAAGGAACACCCGGACAACACGGCACACAUGGAACGACUCUACAAGAACACGGUCGAAACCAAACAGCACUGUAAACUCAAAUUGACCGACGAAGAAUGUGUCAAGGCAGUGCAACUGGCUGCUACCCUGGCCAAUGAAGAUAUUGGCAAUUUUGGAACCUCGGAUCGAUACUGGUUCCUUGAUAAUACUUGGAGUUUGCUACCCGAAACAAACACUUCCUUGCGUCAACAGUUCCUUUACACCAUUAUGGAAUACCAAAAGGCCGUCUUCAACAUGAACGGAUUCUUCAACUUUCUCGAUCCCAACGUCAUCUUUUCCGCCUUUCGAGGAGUUCCCGAACCAAAGGUCGUGGCCGACUGGACCGAUCAGGCACGACGCAAUCUCGAAUUGGGACGCAAAUACGUGGGGGCCAAGUUGCUCAGUGCCAGUGUCUUGGCGGCUUUUGCUCAACUCACCGGUGGAGAUGCCCCCAUGUGUUUGCUCAUGGGCGAUUUGCCAUCGCGACAUCACAAUUCACAAAAAUUGGAAGAUUCCUUGCCCAUUCAAAAUGCCGAAAAUGUCCAAGAGUUGGGACACUGCGAUAUGGACGUAUACAACAUUCUCAGUGGUGGAAGGCGAUCGGAAUCUUCUUUUGAUACCAAACAAUCGCCACUGGCAGCCUACCUCUAUGCCAAAUUGGGAGAUGUCAAGCUCACUAAGUUGCUCAAGAACAACACCAUGCAUCCCAUGGACGACGAUGACAAUGCACGCAACUUGUUGAUUAGUUUGCCACGAGAAUCCACCGAAUUCUUGGCGCGAAUCAUGGCUACCAUUGCCGUGUCGCGGGCUGGAGCCAUUCAUCGAUUGUUGGAAGAUCUUGCCAAGAGCGACAGUGAUGAAAAGGAAAACGGCGGCAACAACAAAAAUGGACAAUAAGAAUAAAACGACAAAAAACAAAACAAAACGACAACAAUUUUACGAGGGAGGGUGGAUAUGGAAUUUCUGGAGCUGAUGAUCCUGGCCUCCCUCUUGCAACUCCGGAGGUUAAUCAUAGAAGAUGACCAGGGAUCAUCGCUUCGUUUGGAUGUUUGGACAACUAGCUUGAAUGGCAACACAACACACGAGGAGGAAGCGGGAUUGGGGAGGGGCUUACUACAACAUACUGGAAGGGAAAGAAAGCAACCAAUCUUGAAUUACUACAUACACACACCAUGUGCAUGUUAAAAUCAGAUCAUCUUUAUUCUUUAUAUAGUUUUCUUCCGCUGAGGCAUUGCUUGCUUUUGGUCGCUCUUGAGCAGUCGAACAACUUGGGAGCUAGCAGCCACUGGAGGCACUGCAUUUGUUUAUGACAACAUCAUAACUUCUACUGCGACACAAUACUUGUGCUCAACUAACAGUCUAUCCAUUUCCAAAUGUUAGUUAGUCAGCCUGAUGGAACUCCAAUGACUGUCCCCACCAAGCUUCUCUCUUGCGCUGCCCUUGUAAAUGGGCGAUAGGAGUAAUACUUGGGUCGGUCAUCGAAGCGAAAGUGAAGCCAAGGAACCCCCUCUCCCUGCGUGGAUAGCCACACCGGUCUGGCUGGAUCUCUGGUUUGCAACAUGUGCAAGUAGGUGGAUGCAACGUGUUUCCAUGUCCCUGCCACUUGUUCCUUGGGAGCUCCUCGUACAAAUGCUGCCAAAUGGGAGUACGUGACGUCGUUGGUAUUUGGUUUAUGGAGAGGAGCAACGAGUUGAGCAUCUCCCCCUAAAUUUGUGAAUUGACAGGCAUCUCGAGUCGGUGGACACUUGCGGAGGUGUUCGUCAAAGGCGGAGGAACUCGCUUGAGAAGUGGCAAACUGUGCCAGAUUCCGUGCCUCUAUAAUGCAUAGUUGCAUGGUUUGGUGUUCUGCAGUUUGGGAGGUGACCCCGGGUGUCUCGAAAAAGACUCCUGGAAAUCCAGAGCUGUCAAUGAGAUAGGACAAUUCCUGUGCUAACGUCGACGAAGGUGAGCUGGCUGCCAUGGAUUGUGUCCAUGUCAUGACGGAAAUGGGUUGGUUGGUGUGGAUAUCCUGAGCCUCAUAGAGCAAGAACUUGUAUCCUGCCUCUGUCGUCCCCUCGUUUGUCUUUCGGUAGACUAUAGAUUCUGUCAUAGCUCUGUUAAAAGUAUCAGUAUCAGAAGUUGGGUCCUUGGUUUUCUUUGUUUCUAUGGAGGAGUUGGAUUUGGUGGGAUUGUAAACGAGCAGCUGGUACCCAAAGAAACAUGCCACGAUACAAGCAAGAAAACCAAACUCAAAACCAGUCAAGGCUCUCCUUCGACAGCGAUCAAGGAAACCUUCACCAGGAGUAGAAGAAACUGAAACGUUCUUUCUGGAUGUACUAGUACCAGUAUGGGGAUGGGCAGGUUGCAAUCUCGAUGGUCUCAUGGCCGCCAUUGUGGGGGAAGGAGAACCAACGGCCACGGCAAUGUUGUGGACAAAAAAGAGGAAAACACCUUUGCACUUUGACAGCUCGCGCUGGCUUAUAUAAAUACUGGACCAAGACCCCACC